AAUAUGGAAACAAAUAAGUCCACAAGUGGAGUGAAAAAAGAAGACGCUGUUUCUUAUAAACUCCUAACCCUUCUAGCUUACGCUUUUCUUGAAUCACGCCAAAUCUCUUCCCCGCUGCCCUGAGCCUGGUUGUCUCUUCUCCGGAGAGCCAACAAAGCUCAGACCUUCCACCGCCCUCUUCCCACUUAGCUACCCAGUUCUGAAUCGCUUCCCUUUCUCUUCCCCUGGCCUAGCCCCAACUCCCCAAUUCCCCGCUCUCCUUCACUGAUCACGUCCUCGAAAUUUUCUUUCAUUUGUUUUGAGGAUUUCUUAAAUCAACCCUUGUAGUUUCGAAAGCAGUCUGUACCAAAUUUUACUUUACCUUAUCCAAUUUCUCAACAUGGCUAUCCGUGUAACCUUCAUUUACUCCGGCUACGUUGCCCAGAACCUAGCCUCCACCGCCGGCAUCCGACUCGGAUCUUGCUCCUCCCGAUCCGUCCACGAAUGCUGGCUCCGAUCCCGUUUCCUCUCACCCCAUAAAAAAUCCGACAUCGACGCUUCCCCUCCCCGUGCUUAUUCCGCUUCCGCCGCUGCCGGUCUCUGCCAUCCUCGUUCGAACAUGUGCUCGACCCUCGCGGCAGAGAUCCUUAAAGACGGUUGCAAUAACCCGAUUCUCGUCGGUCUGAUCUCGCUGAUGAAGUCAACGGCUUAUGGUUCUUGUUCCUCGGCAACCACCAUGGGAAUUUCGCCUUUUAAAACCGCUUCGAUUAUCCCUUUCCUUCAGGGAUCGAAGUGGCUGCAGAGUAAUGAAUCGGCUCCUGUCGGACCGGAGGGUAGUGAGGUAGACAGAGGAGGAACGAGCAAUGAUGAUAGAAGUUUGAGCUUGGAGUUGGAUCCUAAAUCUUUUGUUAAAAGUAGUUGGAUUUCGAGGUUGCUAAAUGUUUGCUCCGAAGAUGCCAAGGCUGCUUUUACUGCUGUAACUGUUAGUUUACUUUUCCGGUCGUUUUUGGCUGAGCCAAGGUCAAUUCCGUCGACUUCUAUGUACCCUACUCUGGAUGUUGGCGACCGCAUUUUGGCUGAGAAGGUUUCAUAUUUCUUUAGGAAGCCUGAAGUUUCUGAUAUUGUUAUAUUCAGGGCACCUGCUAUCUUGCAGGAAAUUGGGUACAAUUCAGGCGAUGUUUUUAUUAAAAGGAUUGUUGCUAAGGCUGGAGACUGUGUUGAAGUUCAUGAUGGCAAACUGUUUAUAAAUGGUGUUGCUCAAGAUGAAGAUUUUGUUCUAGAGCCAUUAGCAUAUGAAAUGGAUCCAAUGGUUGUGCCUCAAGGUUAUGUUUUCGUGUUGGGAGAUAAUCGCAACAACAGUUUUGAUUCCCAUAACUGGGGUCCGCUUCCCAUAGAAAACAUUGUUGGUAGAUCUGUUUUUCGGUAUUGGCCUCCAUCCAAAGUUUCAGAUACUGUACAUGAUCCACAUGUGGGGAAGAAUGCUGUGGCAGUUUCUUUCCACGCAGCAGUUUGGAAAGGCCUUAUCGCAUGUACACACGAAUGUUCCCAGCGACUAACACCAUCAAAUUCUCGUCACUCACAUGAAAUCAGUGCGAAGCCCAUAACGGUGACUCAUCCUAUCCUCUACGAUCCGGUGCACACUAAACCAAAAUCCGUUGAAGCAGCACCACCACCGAUGACGAACCGCCGUUUCCUCUCGUUUCUCCUCUUAUUCCUUCUCUUUCAGAUCUUAUCAUUCGCUUUCAAUCCUCUCCAAUCUAACCAUCCCCAAAUCUUACAGGACGUAAUUGAGAAGAUUGCUUUGAAGCACAAUUGGGAGUUGAAAGGGCUGAACUUCUCAAAACUGGAAGUGGGCAAGGCGAGGUUUGGGACUGGCAAAAGGUACGAGUUUCGGAUCCGAUUUGGAAAAACUCAUUUACUCUUCAAAUUCCCCGACGAAGUUUCUUCCUUGAACAAGUUUACUAAAGGAAGUGGCAACGAUUUCCUGAAUUUUGUCAACGAAAUUAAUUCCUCGGCUGUACUCGAUUCCUUUGAAAUGGAAGGUCCCUUCGAAUUACUCCUCUCUCCCAAUCACCAAGCUUCUCUCAUCUUCCCGCUGAACACAUCCCAUACUGAUAUCAAACGGGUCCUUGUUGGUGAAGGCAUCACUUUACAAGUAAGUGGAGCUCAAGAGAUUUCUCUUUUCCACACGUUUAACUUUGGUUUAGCUGCGAAUGAAAGUGAUGUCAAGGAGAAGAACAGUGGAUAUUGGCCCUUCCGGCAUUCGUUCUGUAUGCCAUUACUGCCUCUGCACGUUUUAGGGUCGGUAUCUCUUGUUGCCUACCGAACUCGGAACCCCGAUGCCCACAUUGAAGCUUUUUUACCAUCCAAGGAUACUAUUGAGCUGCUGCCUGAAAAGUGUUAUGGCAAUCAUGGUUACAUGAAACAACCCUACCCGAUAGAUUCAAUGAGUUUGAAGAUAGCCAAGUUACAAAAGGUCCUUAGGACGUUUCUAGGUGAUAGAAACAAUCAAAAUGGGUUUUUAGGUUCUCUAAAUGUGAAAACGAAAGCAUCACCUAUUAUUCACUUCCAGUUAGAGCUGGAAAAAAACAUUGGGAAGAAUGAGAGUGUUCAUGGUAUGUUAGCUCAAUGGAGGACGAAGCCAACUGUUGAGCGACUUUGGUUUGAUGUAAUGGCAAGAGUUGAAGCAGAGAAAUUGAAGCCCCUUACGAUCAAGAGGGUUAGACCUUAUGUUGGUGUAGAUACGGUCUCAUGGAGUAAUUUAUUGUCAAACAUUUCUUUUACAAAGUUCCCAUCUAUUCUUGUCCCUUCUGAGGCAUUGACGUUGGAUGUCAAAUGGUAGUGGAAAACCUUGUAAGAUGGUUUUGGUUCGGGUGAAAUUUACAGAUCUAUGCUAUGCGCCAUCAUUUGUCUUGUUCAUUCCUCGGUUGUUGGUGUAACAUGUGCUUGUCAAUUAUGUCGAAGGCAUCUUUGAUUGGUUUCAUAAAUAGAAUUUACAAAAAAAAAAAAAAAGGUGGUUAAAGAACUUCCACUCAUUUGCAUUUGCUUUUGCUUUAGCUCCUUUACUGUACAAUAACAGCAAUAUUAGGAUCUCUGUUUCUUGUUAACUUGUAUCAUAGGCCGGCCAAGCUUAUAAUUUUAGGCAAAGAUGGACCUCGACCUGUUUGUUCUGAGAUUCUUCUCCCGCUCCUUUUCCCAAUUAUCUUGUAUUUGUAAAAGUCGAAUCAAAUCAUAUUUUGGAUUGGUGAUUCUUAUAUGUUUCUGUUUUUGGAUACCUCGUGACUUUCAAUCAUUAAAAAUUGAUGCAUUUUGGAAAUAAUCUCCAACUUGUGGGUUGAACUUGUCCUCACUGCUUCAUUGUUUCAUGUAAUAGUUGUGGGAAUGGAAACCUAGCAAACAUUGCUAGGUCUGCUAUAAACAAUAUCUUGAACUUGUCAGAAAUUAGUUUUGAUAGGCUGACAUUUAAACCAGGUUUGCAUGCUCAGAUCUUCCCCAAUUGAUAGAUCCUGUUACCAAUAGCAAAGACCAAGAAAAUGUAACAUGAAUAUGCAGUGACCAUGGAUGAGUCUUAAUCUACUUCCAAAACAUUGAUUUUAUCUAUUAAAAUCACUUGUACUCAAUACAGAUGUGUAAGGCACAAUUGCAGCAGGAAAUAUAACGAUAGUAAACUCGGAUGAUCUUCAAGCUUCAUGUUAGUCCUUACCGUUACCACCAACAAAAUUUUCUUCUUGCUUCAUGUCGUGGAUAAAGUAGUUUCAAAAUGAUAAGUAGAUAAGAAACCCCUAGCGUGUUGUCAUGUUGUGGGUUAAUUCAAUUAUUCCUGUUCAUGAACAGUGAUUUCCCCAACAUUCUUUUCUAGGCCGGAGAGUGAUAAUCUCCUUGGGUAGUAGGAAAGACAGUCGGUGUUAGGCGACUAGAUAGAUUGUCAGCCCCAUUGACUGGAGACAGGUGAUCUUCAAUUCUUUCUUGGUAAAUGGUUAAUAAGCCCUAGAAAGCAAUGAGGUAGACACAAAUCUAAAACCAUAAUAAAAAUGUCUGUAAUGUGGAUCCCAAUGCAUGGCUUGUAAUUGUUGUGAUGUUAUUAGUCGAUUUAAGCAAAGUAGGAGUAUAAUCAGUUAAUCACUUUAUUUUUCCCCUAUUUUAUUCAUUUUUUUGUGAUUCAUUUCCACAAUGGUAACUU